UGAAACAGAUGCUCAAGCUACAAAACAGAGACUAAUUUUGGCAACAAUAAGACGUUCAGUAUAUCUAAAAUUUGUGUUGCCAGUGCUUUCUGCUAUAUACUGACGGCCUGGAUAAUCUGAGUCAAGCCGGGUCUCAUGUUUGCAAAUUGUCUAGUAGUAUAGGCACAAUGGUCAGCUGACUCUUUGCGGGCACAUUUAUCAUGGACAACACUGUUAAGACUGAGCCCGCCUCAAACCAGCUGGGACAAACACCAAGGGUGUCAUCACGACCGACAAAAAGAAAGUCUUUCUUUGACGAAGAACAACCCAAACCUGCUGUGAAGCCAAAUCCCAGCAAACGCCUCUCAGCAAGCACUGUUACUGCUAAACCCAAAGCCAAAACAGAACCAAAGAAAGCUUACAGGAAGUGUGAGAAGUCUGGCUGCUCCGCCACUGUACCCAUAUGUUUCGUAAACGCCACUGAAAGAUGUGCAGGAAAUGGCUACACGUCACGAUGGUACCACAUAUCCCCAGCUGAGCACUUCUGUAAUGAGUGUUUUGAGUAUUACUACAGAAGUCAUAAAGAUGGCUACGAAGUUUUCACAGCUUGGAAGAGACAAUGGUCAUCCAACUCCAAGACGGAGCCAGCAUCCGCGGCCUUCAUGAUGGACCAGGUAUUACCCUACUGGGUGCAGUGCACUCUUCCGGGCUGUGGCAAGUGGCGACAACUCUCAAGAGACCUGGAACUCUCCCCCAACUUCAUUCGACGCUACACCUGUGGUAUGAGUGCCCAGGGGUCAAGGUGUGUCAAGAGUGCGAAGAGAGUGACAGCACAUGUCAGAUUUGAAGUCCAGAAUGAGAAACAAGCUGAAAACUGUGGAAGGCUUGAAGAUGAGGUACAUUGUUUGAAAAUGUGUUUGAAUCACCAAAAACUACCAGAAUCAGACUCCAUUAUCCAGCCAUUCGCCAUUUCUGUGGAGCCAAUGAGAGCACAGAGUUUUGACCCGGCAGCCAUGUUGUCUAUGGAGGAGAUGGAAUUCCCUGGCUAUGUGCGGGAACCAGUCAUGUACCUUGGUCUCAGGAACUUGGUCGUUGCUCUGUGGGCCAACAAUGUCACAGAGCGAGUAUCCCUUGAGCGCUGUGUCCCUCACAUUAUCUGCCGAGGGAUCGCACGGUUGCACUACGUUCAAGCUGCAGAGCGCAUCAUAUCCUUCCUUACCAGACAAGGGUACAUCAACUGUGGUUUACUCAGCCCUUCCGAGGAGCCUGCACUUCUGCCAAAGGAACACAGUCAGGAAAUGGUUGCUGUUAUAGGAGCAGGCCCAGCAGGACUGGCUGCUGCAAGACAUCUUAACAGUCUGGGGGCCAAGGUGAUUGUUUUGGAAGCACGAGACAGGAUAGGUGGUCGAGUCUGGGACGUGGAAAGCCUGGGUCAGGCUGUAGGGAAAGGGGCACAGAUGAUCAUCGGGGACAUUAACAACCCCAUAACUCUGAUCUGUCAACAGACAGGAGUACCGAUGAAGCGAGUAAAGGACCGAUGUGACCUCUUCACAAGCUGUGGCAAGUGUGUGGAACACAGACAAACACAGACGGACAAACGGAUUGACUUCCACUUCAAUGCCAUGCUCGAUAUCAUCGCUGAGUGGCGGAAAACAAAGACAAAACUGCCCGAUGUGGAUCUGCUGCAGAAAAUUUGGGAAAAACAUCAGCAGUUCAUGGAGGAAUCUCAAAUGGAGUUCACAGAGGAAGAGACCCAAGCGCUACAGUUCCACAUCAGUAACCUGGAGUUCGCAUGUGGGGCACCUCUGGACAAGGUCUCAGCGCUGUACUGGGACCAAAACGAGAGCUUCCCGCAGUUCGCAGGGUCACACGUCUUCAUCCAAGGCUGGCAUUCAAAAAUACUCACAACAGUAGCUGAUGGAUUGGAUGUGAGGUUAAAUACAGAGGUAGUCAAGAUAGAUUACUCUUCUGACUUGAUCUCCAUAGCAACGGACCAGCGGCGAGACCUUCACAGCAGUAAGGUCCUUGUCACAUUGCCCUUGGGAGUACUGAAGAGAGACAAGACUUUAUUUACACCCCUACUACCUGAGCACAAACAGCUAGCCAUCUCAAGCCUAGGAACAGGCGUCAUAGAAAAAGUUGCUUUACAGUUUCCAACCAAGUUCUGGGAGUCCAAGAUGAAAGGUUCCAUGGUGUUUGGUCAGAUUCCAGUCUCACCUGAUCAGCGCGGUCUAUUUAACGUCUUCUAUGAUCUCACAACAGUCACACAGGAGUGCAACGGUGAUACGACUCCUCAUGAGCAGUAUAUUUUGAUGAGUCACAUGACAGGGGCUGCUGUCACCAUGAUAGAUGACCAGUCAGAUGAGGAUGUUGUGGCCAUGUGUUUGCAGGUCUUACGAACUCUGUUUCCACCAGAGGAAGUACCAGAUCCAGAGAAGUAUUUUGUAACCAGAUGGAGAGAUGACAGGUAUGCUCAUAUGGCCUACAGUUUCCUCCCCGUGGGAGUGGAUGGUUCUGCAUAUGAUGUCAUGGCUGAAGAGGUCAACGGGAAAGUCUAUUUUGCUGGAGAGGCGACAAGUCGAGCUCAUCCACAGAGCGUCACUGGAGCGUAUCUGUCAGGAAUCCGUGAGGCAAAUAAAAUUCUGGAGUCGCUUGAUUUGUCAUAGCUUGAAUUCCUGCAAAUCUCAGAGUAUCAGUCUGAAAACACCUGUGCCAACAUAGACAAAUGUAUUAAAGGGAUGCAGAAUUGACCAUAAUUGGCUGACGACAGUGGAGAUAGGAUUUGUUGGGUUAAACCUUCAAGCCUGGGUCAAGCUGAAUUCUGAACCUAAAAUUCAGCCAUCGUGUAUGUGAAAUAUUCUUGAGUACAUAAAAUAAAAUUCAGCUUACCGGUACCCUUAGUUUUGCCUAUCUCUGACACCAAAAAGUCAGCAACAAUUCUGUAUCGGUGUAACGUACAAUUACUUUUAAUGCAAUCCAUGUGCCCAAAAUUACAGAUGAAUGUACAUGGAAUUACUGUGUUGGGUGUUACGACUCACCUUAGGGCUCCAAAAGAAUGAGUUUCCUCCAAAGCGUAAUUUGUUUUGCAGGAAUAAGUGUUCCAGCUAGUCCUUGAAAGUCCUUGAAAAGAGUUUAUUUUGGGAUAAGUCCUUGAUUUUUACAAUGUUAAAUUUUAUCAUAUUGCAUUGUGUGUGAAAUGGUCAGGUAAAUAAAUACUAAAUUACUGCCCAUUAAACUUGACUUGAUAGAAUCAAUUUAAAUUGAAUGCAUAUAAAUAGUCCUUGAAUAUGCAGGAAAAAGAUGAGAUAUUAAGUCCUUGAAAGUCCUUGAAAAACAUUUUCUUUUACUUGUGGGAAGUGUGCGUUGGUAACGUUUCAGUGGCACAAUUUAGCGUCAUCAGUUGAAGGACUAAAGCGUUUGUGCAGUGAAGAAGUAACAAAAACACUGCCACAAGAAUUCACAAUAAGCACAUUAUUUGUGACACUACAUUUUGGUGCAGCAGCUUAGGAUGGGAUUGUGUCAGAACAAGUUUUGUGUGGCACUUUAUAGUUUAGCGGCACAGUGUUUAUUUUAACUAAGUUGCACUGGCACAACUUUUGUGGCCAAAGUUUGAUGCAAGAGCGGAAAAUAGAGAUGCGUGCGAAAUAUUUUGGUGCGGUGAGAGUGUAAGCAUUGUUGUGCGAGGAAACAUAUUUUUUUUUAAACUCCACAUUACUUCUUUGUAAAAAAAAAAACAUAUGAUUUUGGAUGAGUACAAUAGACUUUGAAAUGGAAUGUCCAAGGUUCCUUGUAGCAUUUCAUCCACGAGUUUUUUCACCCUUGUGCAUAUAUGUGAUGUGAGUAAUUGCAUUUUGAUUAAUUUUAAAAGUACGCAACUGUCUACAUUUUAGCAUGUGCUUCCCUGAUUAUUGAACAUUGUGCCAUUUCUUCUCAUUAAUUGUCAUUUUGGUUGAACUCAUCUUGAUCUAUAAUUGUAUAAUGAUAAAAUACCUGUGGAGUUAAUCAGUAUAAUCAUUCUUUACAGGGUAUUCUGACAGUAUUGAUUGUGUGAAGAAUUAACUAAUUUUCUGAACUUUAUGAACUAAUUUUCUGAAUGUAGCAUGGUACAAUAUACCAUGAAUGAAAUUUCAGAGGAGUCGGUCUCAAGAUGACACAAACAUCUUGAAUGUUGGACGUGUAUCUCUAAAUAUGAGGUUACAAUGUACGGCAAUAAUUUGACGUGAUUUAUCACUAGUGUCAAUAGUUUUGCAUGGUAAUAAAGCUUUUAGCUGUUUUAGAGGAUACCUGGUGUAGGUUAACUUCCUGACAGUCUUGCAGAUAUUCUGUAGCCGAAGUCAUGAGAAAUCAUCAAGAGUUUAUCCAAAACCGAGAAGUGGUAGCGUUGGCUUGAAGGGAGGUCACUCUCGCGAUACAAUGCAAUAAAUGGACGGAAAUGGACUUUUGUGCUAUUAAAGAUAUGUGACAUUCCCAUCUGAAGGCUUGGAGCCUUUUUUUGCCCAAGAGAACUCUUGCUUGGCCAUAAAACUUUCUUGCCGCUGAAAAUUUCAUGUUUAGCAUUGGAUAUGUUGUUUGUUCUUGAAAACUCAAUAUUUGGUCUUGAAGACUUCGUUUGACCUUGAAAGUUGUGUUUGCCCAAACUUAGUUUGGUCUUGCAAAGCGUUGUUUAGUCUUGUAAGUCUUGUUAAACUUUAUUUGUCCUUCAAAAAUUUGUUUUUAUUGAAAACGUGCUUGCCCUGGAAAAUUUGUUUUCCCUUGAAAUCGUUUUCAAAUGAAAUAUUUUGAUUAAGCGAAACAACAAUCCUCUGCAAGUGCCAAAGGGUAACCAGUGAAUAUUGGUUAUAAUAUAACAAUAUUUUUUUUAGCAGUGGCUUAAUUUUAAACAUGGUUGAGCCUUUGUUUGGAUACACAUGUCUAUAUCAAAAACAACGUGUGAUUUUAAUUUUAGAAAUGAGAUCUUCCAUUUUGUGAAAUAAUCUGCAGUAUUGAGUUGGUCAAUUUCAAAAGUAAACUAUUUUUUACGAGAAUACAAGAGAAGUUUUAAACAUUAUAUCAGAAUGUCAUAAUCGCUGCAUGUCAAAAAUUCUACUAAUUGGCGUAGGAGCUUGAAAUGUGCUGUUAUAAAAUGAACAUGGUGUCUUUACACAGGUAGUAGUUGUACUCCUCAGUUUACAUUUAUUACGACAAUUCAUUUAAAUGACGUUAGCUGCAAUACAUGUGGUGAUGAGUUUUGAAAUUAAUACUUUUAUAAGUUUGCAUUUAUUGUAUGAAAUACAUUUUUUUUUGUUUUUACCUGUGAGUAAAGGUUUUUUUUUUCUACGAUGUAUACGAAUUGGCAUAUUAUAUAUAAAACCGAGCACAUACCAACUGCGCACACGUUGAGGCUUUGUGGAGAUUGGGAAUGACAAGGAUGUUUUGGUUUUAUUAUACCGAGAUAUGAGACAUUACUUCUGACAAUAAGUUACGAGUACUUUAUUACUGCAUACUCUGAAAUCUUCACGUUGUGUUUUUUCCCUUUUUUGUCCAAAGUAGCGGUCUGCUUUAUGUGCUAUAUAAUUUGUGAAAUGAAAUAGAUUUCUCCUCCGCAAAGAAGAUUCAAAACCAGUUUUGAAGGAAGACAAAGUUUGAAAUUUGUUAGAAAGUCCUAUUUCAGCGCGAUUAGAUAUCAUUAAAAAAUAGAAGUGAAGAGUAUGGCUUUCAGAGUGAGCAGGUAUUAAAUUUUUUAGUAAUACUGUGUCACUUAAACUUGGGAACACUCAACAAGUGGUAUACUGAGAUGAAGAUGUCCUUUAUUUUGAAUUUCUUUGCGUUAUAAACUGUAAUUUUGACCGAAUGAGUAAAAUCGAUUUGUGGAAUCUCCUCUUGAUGAGGUGUCAGUGGCAGCUUUCAGUUUUCAAUUUUGUCUUUACGUUUUUACUUUACUGUUAAUAGGGAGAGCUCCCACGGUUUCUUGAUUGCUUGAAAGUACUUGAAUUUUGUUAAAAGGUUUUGAAGGCCUUGAAAAUCCUUGGAGAAAAGAUUUAUUUUUGGGAUAUGUCCAUGAAAGUGUUUUUUGAUUUUUUAUUGUCUAAAUGGACCGAUAAAGGAUACUACCAGAAUACACUGUAGUAUCGAUUAAUCUCCACGUGGAGGUUUGUACUCGCACUGAUUGAUCCUUGAAAGGGCUGAAAAUCAUUGGUAAUUGAAAAUCCUUGAAAUUUAUUUUGUCUUGUACGAAUCCUAUUAAACACAGGGUGUCAUAGCGAUGGUUUUAGGUUUAUUAUACGUCGUUUACAGUCAUAGCUGUGGAGGCUUAAGUUACAGGCGUACCUGAUUGACACUAAAACUGUUACCAGGACAAUCCGUCCUUCAGUUGUUCACGAAUAGUAUCCCGGAGUAGGGAUUAUUUUUCUCCACGCCCAAUGGACAUCUUUAUAUUGGAACGUUCAAGUUCCGGAUUGUUUUCUUGUGUGUAAGUUUUUCUUAGUGAAAGUCUUACCAAUUAUUUUCACUUAUUCCAGGCAAAGAGAUGCUUUUAGCAUAUGAAGGUAUAUACGUUUACUGUCAUUGAAUCACAUUCGUUCCACUUAUUUUAUUACCCCGUCAUUGUAAAAAGCUGUAAAACGCUUAGUACUUUUAUCGUCUUGAGGGACUAUCAUUUAUUAAAAUAUAUUUUGCAGUUAUCUGUUGUUGAGUGUAUAAAUAAAAGGAACACGAGUUUAAACUUGUAAAUAUUUUUUAUUCCAGUGUAAUCAUUUUAUAGCGUUCGGAACUGAUGCACAUGCAGUCUACCUCAGUUUUUCUGUACAUAGAUUUUCCACAACUAAUGCAAAAAAAACUUUAUACCUAGAUUUCGAUAAGGACGGAUCUUUAUUGAUGUUGGUAAA